AUGACGAUGAGUGCCUCGUUAUUAGAGAUCGUCGAGCACUACCAAAAAAAGGUCGAAAGGUACAGCGAUGAGGACAAGAUCCUGCACUGCUUCAGCAAGCUGCAGAGGCUGCCCAUCACGGUGGACGUGUUGUCGCGCACCGGCGUGGGCAAGACGGUGAACGCCUUCCGGCGCGAUCCGGGCCCGGUCGGGCUCAAGUCGCGGGAGCUUGUCUCCAAAUGGAAGCGCAUCUUCGACGAAAACGAGCAGGCCGAGCGGGCCAGUCGACUUCCUCGGCCAGCCAGCAGCGGCGGCGGCGACGAGGAGACCGGUGGCGCAUCCUUCGCGGCUGCGCUCGGCGGCUCCGACUCAGUCGUGCGGAAGAAGAAGAAGAAGUCCAAGUCGUCCUCAUCAAAGUCGUCGUCUUCGCUGAACUCCUCUGGUUCUCUGGUGGAGCGGGCCCGGCCAUCGCCGCCGCCGCCGCCGCCGGCGCUCGAGGUGCUGGACGCGCUGCCAGAGAUCUCGGGCCACUACCGGCCACUGCCGCGCGCGCCCGCCGCCGGCCGGCCCGCCGCCAAGCGCACCCUGGACGAGGAGGAGGCGUUGGCCGCCGUGCUCGGCGCCAAAAACAAACGGACCAAGGUGUACUCUGGCGCGCGCAGCGCCGGCUGGUCCCGCGUGCCGACACUGGUGGACAUCUGCCUGCGCAGCCUACAGGAGAACAUCGACUACCUGGAGUACACGGGCGGCGUGCCGUACGACAUCCUGAGGCCGGUGCUGGAGAAGUGCUCGGCCGGCCAGCUGCACAACAUCGAGUACUACAACUCCUACCUGCUGGAGGACACGGACGCCCUCUGGAAGGCGCUGGUGCACAAGGAGUUCCGCGCCGAGCCCCGCCAGGAGAUGGAGACGUGGCGCGAGAUGCAUAUCCGCUGCGCGGAGGAGCGCGAGAUCAAGUACAACAAGCUGCGCUCCAUCAUCGAGGGCAAGCGCCAGGAGUCGCUGGCCAGCAGCCGCAAGACCAAGGUGGCCUACGAACACACAGUGGCCAAACCGCCGAGGAACGUCGCCAGGAAACAGGCGAAAAACGGCACGGCUGUGGCGGUGGCCAUGCCGAUGCCCAACUCCAUGGCGGCCGGCGGGGCGAGACAGCCGCGGCCAGCGCCUGGCGCCGACCCUACUAGCCGGCCGGCGGCGCCCGGACGCACCGCCGCCCCGCAGAAGAAAAAGGCACCUCUCAUGGCGAAGGUCUUGCGAGCGAUGGGGCGACGGUGAGGCGCCGCGUCUGAUUGGCCGUCCGGUUUAACGAAGCCUUCCUAUUGGCCGUGACGCGCCGGCCACGCUCGU